CUGAGUGAAGAUGUGGAGCGAGUCUCUGGAAACCCAACAGAGGAGAGAGAAGGAGAGAUGGAAGUUCAUGAAGAUUCCAGCUCUGUUAUUUUACCAGAUAGUGAACUGGGUACUACUACCCCUUCUUUGCGUUUCAGCAAGACCUGCCUAAAGAAUGUUUUUUCAGUAAUUCUCCUGUUUAUUUAUCUGCUGCUCAUGGCUGUAGCUGUGUUUCUUGUCUACCAAACCAUCAGUGACUUCAGGGAGAAGCUCAAGCACCCGGUGAUGUCUGUCACUUACAAGGAAGUGUCCUUGUAUGAUGCACCCGGUAUUGCCUUUUACCCAGGCAAGGCUCAGCUGCUCAGCUGCAAGCAUCAUUACUAUGAUCACAUUCCACCUCUGAUAAAUCCAGGUCAGCCAGGACACAUUGAAUGCAUCACUCAGAGAAUCAACUACACAGAUCCUUUUACUAACCAAACUAUGAAGCAUGCUUUGGUUGUUCAAGGCCCUCGUGAUGUGAAGAAGAAGGAACUGGUGUUUUUGCAGUUUCAUUUAAAUGAAACAGACCAAGAUUUUAGUGCCAUUGACUACCUUCUGUUUUCUUCUUUCCAAGAGUUCGUCAACAGUCCAGAAAAAGCAAAAUUCAUGAAGGACUGUGAAAGUUCAUACUCCAGCUGGAAGUUUUCUGGAGGCUUUCGAACUUGGGUCAAGAUGUCCUUGGUCAAAACCAAAGAAGAAGAUGGGAGUGAGACUGUUGAGUUCAAACAAGAGACUAGUGUGGUUAACUAUAUCGACCAGAGAACUAAACCAGGAAGUGAUCAGCUGUUUUUCGUGGUGUUUGAGUGGAAAGACCCUUUCAUACAGACUGUUCAGGACAUCAUCACAGCCAAUCCCUGGAACAUGAUUGCUCUUCUUUGUGGUAUCUUUCUGGCUCUGUUUAAGGCUGCAGAUUUUGCUAAGCUAAGUGUUAAGUGGAUGAUCAAAAUCCGAAAGAGACAUCUGAAGAGGAGUCGUCAAGCAAUGAACCACAUAAGCUGAGACUAUUUAACUAUUAUUAGCAGGAGGGACAGAAAAUAACUGGAAUAAACUUCAGUCAGCAGUUAAAGCUGCAAACCAGGUAUGUUUUCUCCCAGAAAGACAACAGCUGGAGGACCAGCCUAGUGAACAGCCUUUGGACUUC